AAAUUAUUAACGAAGAUGUCUCUUCUAAUAAAUAUACUGAUGGAAUAAAAGCUGUAGCAGUGAAUAGAGGAGAGAAAAAAACUAAUUGAACAAUUUAUCGUCUGUCACGUGCAAUUAAUGUAUAUAUUAUCAUCUAUACAUCAUUGCACAUAUAUUAUAUAAUAUCUUUAUAAAUUAUAUCUGUUAUACACUGUAUUCCAAUUGAUUAUUAAUACAACGCUCAAUUGUGAAAUAUUCAUCCUAUAUUCUGUAUCAAUCACGUAACAUGAUUCAUUAAGCAUUUACCUCAAAAAAUCGAAUGUUUAUCGAAUAAUGACAAAUCCCAUUUUAUCAUGACGUUUAAACUUUCUCAUUAAAAAUAUUUAUAUUGCGCAGUACAUUACUCAGAUACUUGUGCGUUUAGCUUUUUCAAGCAGGAGUUAAGAAUGAAACACAUCAGGUUUAUGCGAGUGGAUUCUUUGUGUUUUGUCAUUUUUUUUACAUGUUCAUAAAUCAUUUGGUGCCGCAGAUCAUGACAAAUCAUAGUAACGAUCUAUAUUAUAAAGCAUGUAAUUUGCCUUGGUAUUCCGUUCCUGUGCAAUUCCAAAAAAUGCUCCCAUUACUAAUUCAAAAAACCGCGAAACCCUGCAAGUUUGCAAUCUAUAUGCUCGACGUGUCACUCGAACGCUUUGCUUCGUUGGUGAGCCUCUCUUUGUCUUAUUUCACAGUUUUUUGGUCUAUGCGAUAUUAAUAUUCUGGAUAUUGUGAAUCUUAUCGCAAACGCAAAAGUUUCUCUUAGAACGAUAAUUAUAUGGAAUUAAAGUAGUAGAAUAAAAGUAUCGAAUUAAACAUAUAUAUAUAUAUAUAUAUA